AUGGACAUCGACGACAUCCUCGCCUCCGUGGACCGCGGUCCCGGCGCCAGCCCGGAAUCCGCAGCCCUCGAUCACCAACAAUUAACGCGCUUCUGGGUCGCCGAACGCGCCGUCUCCGAGGUUCUACCCUGGCCGGCGCCAUUAAUGGAGCGAGUGAUGGAUCGCGUGCGCAUUCAGAUCGAAACAAUCGAAGACCUCGCCGCCUCCUCCGCAGACACAAUCACCAACACAACACACAAUCCAAACCUAAACCUGCGCCUCUCAAUCCUCCAAACAGACCUCGCCCGCACCCAAUACAUAAUCCGCUCCUUACUACGCGCGCGCCUCGCAAAACUCACAAAAUACAGCAUGCACUACCUCGUCCAACUAGCCAGCCGCAACAAAAACCCCCUCUCCACUGCUUCCCAAAGCCAAUCACAAUCGCAAUCCUCCUCCGCAAACCCCAACACCACACCUGAAGACUCCGUGCCCGAUAUCUCGGCGCUGGUAGAUACAGCCCCGCUCUCGGGGCCGGAGACGAGCUUCGUCCACGCGCACCAGACGUUAUUGGCGGGGCACUAUGGGGGCUCGUUUUUGGGCGCGUUCCCGAGGCAGUUGAGGCGGUUGGAUGAUAAUGCUGGUGGGACUAGUAUGGUGCAGGGGCCUGAGACGAAGGAGGUUGUUUUUGUGAGGUGCCUAGGUGCUGAGGUUCCUGUUUUGGUGGAUGGGGAGGAGGGGGUUGAGGAGGUUGGUGUUGUUAUGAGGAUGGGGGAUGUUUGGGUAGUUAGGUGGGAGGGGGUUAGGAGGGCUUGGGAGAGGGGGGAGGUGGAACUGUUGUGA